AUGUCUCAGCUGUCGAAUGCUCGCCCUUCAAAGCUACCAUCUUUCAUGGUUAUCAAUUCGCUAUACAAAAGCACGCGCGAUCGUACAGUACCUUUAUCCUCGAAGGCCAAUAUCCGAAAAAUGAUCAUUAUGCGACGAGAAUUCAAUGAAGAGGUCGCAAAGGCUGCUGCGUCAGCGACUACUCAACAGCCUCUUGAGAUUUGGACAGUGUUCCAGCCGGAGACAGAAGUCUAUGGUACGGAACACGCGUGCAAAUUUCCAGACGAAGAUACUGUCGAUUCUUUUGUCAAACCUGGGAGAGCGAAUUUCAACAUGGGCAACAUAUCCAGACGCCCCGCUAGCUUUCUCCGAAAAUACGACGCUAUUGCUCAUGCAAGGAACGUACUGAAGCAGGUGAUGGAGAUGGAGACAAAGGAGGAUGGGUUGAAAUGGGUUUCUCGGGAAUAUGAGUCUGAGGCUGAACAAGGAAUGACGCAUGGAAUAAUCAAAGACAAGUUUCAAGGAGGUGUUCACCUGGUAUCUAUAGUGAAGUCGAUUCUGCCUAUAGUAGACACCUAG